GACGUAUAAACGCAGUUACACGAGGGCUAAUUCGAGAGACAGUCAGCUGUUUAAUAACAAAUCAUGGGGAAGCAGAAGACGAAAAUGUUUGCUGCAAUGAAGAGGAUGAUAACUUUGAAAGAUCAAAGAAUAAAAGAGAAAGACCGUGCUAAAGUACAUAUGAAAAAGAAGAUAGAUCCAUCUAAAAUAAAAGAAAAAGAAGUGCCAAAAUACCCAUCAUGCCUUUUUUUCCAAUACAACACUCAGCUUGGUCCCCCAUAUCACAUCCUGGUUGACACCAAUUUCAUCAACUUCUCCAUCAAGGCAAAACUAGACAUUGUUCAGUCAAUGAUGGACUGUCUGUAUGCUAAAUGCAUCCCUUGCAUCACAGACUGUGUGAUGGCUGAGAUUGAGAAACUAGGGAUGAAGUAUCGAGUUGCUCUGAGGAUCGCCAAGGAUCCUCGGUUUGAACGACUGCCGUGCACACACAAAGGAACUUACGCUGAUGACUGCUUAGUUCAAAGGGUCACACAGCACAAAUGCUACAUCCUGGCAACAGUAGAUAGGGACUUGAAGAGACGGAUCAGGAAGAUCCCUGGAGUCCCCAUCAUGUACAUCUCCAACCACAGAUUUAACAUUGAAAGAAUGCCUGAUGACUAUGGUGCCCCAAGAUUUUAGUAUUCAGUGGAUGGAAAUGCAGUUGGAUUAUAGCUCCUGUCACGGUUUUGAUUUGUUUACCUGCUUAUUGUAUAUUAUUAAUUUAGUUGAGUAUUCUAUGUUUACGUUUUAAGCAAAAGGAAACUUAACAGAUGUAAUGUUUGACAAAUCAAAAUGUCAUUUUCAAUUUUUUUCCUAUGAAUGCAGAAAACAUUUGAGACCAAAUUAUAGAAAUUGUAAUAAAUGAAUGAC